UAUAUUUGUGGGUAAAUUAGUGAGUUGUGAGAGUGUUGGAACACAGUUUAAACUGUGAGGCCGCCAAGCAUCACACUGCUGCUGCUGUUGCUGCUGCUCUCACACCUCUACUGCUUCUCUCUCUCUCUUACCUUGACUUGGGCCAGUAAAUAAGGUGUUGAGUUGUGCAUUAUCCUACUCAGUACGAUGGCAAAGCAAGAACUCCUGACAGCAGUGGAACAAGGUCAUCAUGCAGAUUUUGUAAAACUAAUUCAAAACCAUGGAAGUAAACGAAGCACUGUCGAUCUGGAAGAAGUUGUGUUGGAAUUAAGCCGAACGCAAAUAGAGUGGAUGUGGACGAGUCUUCACUCUUGGGUCAAUGAACAACUUAAAAAAUUUGUUGGUGACAGUAGGCCAGAGGAAGAAGUGAAUCAUCAUCAGUCUCAACAGGUACAAGAUGGAGAUCAAAUGGACAGUGUGCAGAAAAAUGGGCAAAAUUCAGAGCCAAGAAAAAGUGCAGAAAUGGCAGGAGAAAGUGAAGAAGACAAAGAGGCAGAGGAACUUCAUGAGCCAUACAAUGAGAAGCUUAUGGAAGGAAUAGUGGAUUUUGCCUGCAUCUACCUCAACACUUUCAAAGAUGGAGAGGUUUUCAUCCCAGACAAAUUCUUGGAAUUAGCCGUGUUGCUGCAUGGGAUGGUGAGUGUGCUUGAAGGCCGAGUGCAAACUGGAGUUGUGACCUUGUGUGAGUUCUGGUGGCUCAAGGGACUCGAAGAGCAGGAUCAUCUCAUCGUGAAUGUCUUGCCUCUUAUUCUAGAUGUUGCCACAAGUAAAACUGCUCGAAAGAGAGAUGUGGCAAGACUGUGGGCACUUCGUGAGUCUCUUCAAAUAAUCAAUUUUACUGCUCCUGAAUAUGAGCCACUUGUUGAAAAACUGGUUGCUUGUGCUGCAUCUGCAAUCUUCCUGACUAGUGAUGAGGGGGUAAAAUGGGUUGCAGCACUUUUCUCAUGGCAAUCCCUCAUCUCUCGUCUUCAUAGAAAAAUAAAAUCGGUACUUCCGGGGUGUACCAGACUGCAGAGUGAAAAGUAUGCUGAGAUCUACUUUAGAGCCUGGAAAACUAGCCAGGGAGAUGUCAGGAAGGUUCUGGAAGAGGAAUGCAUUCAGGAUUUUAUGUUUGCUGCUGUCCACGUGGACCCGAUGUCUGGGCGACUGUCAGCUAAUCUGCAUCACUUUCUCCAUUAUAUACAUCGUCAAAAAAGACAUCACACUGUUGCUACAACCAUUUUCACACUUUAUGAUCCUUUCAUUUGGCGAUCUCUUAAGGCUGCCAAUGGUCUGGUACGUAUGAAUGCCACUGGGCUGCUGUGUGAUGCUUUCCCAUUGGUGGAUAGCACCCUCAGUUCAGAGGAGAGAAGUGACCUCAAUGAGAGACAGUAUCAAGCCAUAAUCACCCUGCUUGUUGAUCCCUGCCAUCUAGUUCGCAUUGCUGCUAUCAGGGGCGUGUUCAUCAUCUUGACAGACUACUGGCUUAUGAUUCCUUCACACAUUAUCAAGACCAUUUUUCAGAAGCUUCUUGCGGAUCUAGUUUAUGAUGCUUCAUCAGCUGAAGUUCGCACUCAAGUUAUUAAGGGUUUGACAUUACUUCUGGACUCCAGAGAUGCCGUGUCAUUCCUUACAGAAGUGUUACUUCGUCUUGGAGAUGUUUUUGAUGACAUAAGUGCUAACGUUCGUGUUGCUUUCGUAAAGUUAUUGCUGAAGGUGAAAUCAUCAAAAGUUAUCAGGUACUGGGAUAUAGUACCUGUGCAUCACCUUCUGCAUCGGCUGGAGGAAGACAAACCAGUAGUGUGCAAACUGCUUACCCAGCUAUUACUCAGCUCAUUCCAUCCUGUUCAUCGUGAUGAUGAGGAACUUGUACAGAGAUCUUUGGCAUUAUUGGAGGAAAACCGUGCUGCAGCUCGCCGCUUCUACCGGUAUGCUAGCCGCAAGUUAGAUCUCAAUAGCACAGUUCAUUUCAUGUUGUUAAUGUGGCGCUGUCUCCGUAACUAUGUAUUGUCUCGGAAGGAUCAGGAGUCUUCGUAUAAUGAUGAGAUAGAGAAUGACGAGAGCACAAACUCUGAAGGUCAGCUGGACCGAGGUGACCGCAUCCGCCUCAAGGGAGUUACCUCUAAUAGGUCUCUCUCAAGGGAUGGCAAUCGCUCCACUGUUUCCGCUGAUAAAGAAAAUUCAGAUGAAGAUGAUGAUGGCUCACCUUUAGACAAUCCUGCUGUUAUUGGUGGUCUUUUAGACACUGUUGUCAUUCUUUGGACCACCAAUGCCCAUAGACUGGCACAACCACAAAAUCUCAAGUAUCUUGAGGCAUUGAGAACAAAAUUAUCAAAAAGCAUGCCCCUCUUCUUCAAAUUCUUUAAGGAUAACAACGAUGUAUCCCAGACACUGCUCUACCUGUCAAGCUUUUUGCCUCGAAACCUAGUACCCACCUUGGUUGGUCACUGCCUCUCUCGUCUUCGAUCUCUACAAGCAGAUCAGGGAAGUGAUGAUUCACAUGUGACUUACAUCAAUGCCCUUUGUAACUGGAAUCGUACGGAUGAUAUCCUGGAGUUGGCAUCUGAGUGGCUUGAAGAAGGUUUUAAAGCUGGAAUGGUUGGCAGUAAUAAGGAGCGUCGUCGUAGUGGUCGCAAAGUGCGUUUUUGCGAGACCAGUACACCACAGCCUGUUAUUGCAUUGCGUUUGUUACGGAACAUCCUGCAGCAUCCCUUCAACAAGCUUUCAGCAAUGGAACGGAAUAGAAGUUCACUUUUGGAGAUAACCAAAAAUAUGGAGAAAGUUAAAGAUAGAAUUAGUGAGCGAUUGGAUCGCACAGAAGAGCUGUCACCACUGUGCUCAGAUGCUUUCUUGUGUGAGUGUUGGGCCCAGUACCUGAGCUUGGUAGCUGUGCUCCACAAUCCUUCUGUAGAAGUACAAGAAUGCAACAACUCUGAAGAACAAGACGAUGAUGGGGAAAAUCCAGAGGAUCUUCUGUUUGAUAGUUCAGAGAAUGUAUCACUCAGCUUAGAUUGGGCAAACAACAUCUUGGUGCCAGCCUUAGAAGAGACUAGAGGUGGAAAGAGGAAGCUAAGGGCUGGAGAUGAUGCUCUAAACAUAGCAGUGUCUGUACUUAACAGACUUUUAACAACUAGCACCCAUUUGCUGAUGAUUGGAGCUGCUAGUACUGCUUUUGCUUCCAAACUCUGUGUAUUUGUGGAUGGCUUGCUGAAGUCUGAUGCCUCAGGAAGCUUCUGGGAGAAGAGUUUAGUUUUGGCAUCGGAAGCACACCAGUAUCUGGAAUCUUACGUCUGCUCCAAUGAGAAUUACGAAAAUGAUUCCACUCCUGUCCAUGUAAUAAAUACAUGUAUAUCAUCAAUAUCAGAUUACUUUAAAGAGCAUGAGACUUUUCCUAAGGAUGCUGAUGGUCUGCACGAUACACUAAUUCUCGUGCUUACCACCCUGGGCCAGAAUUCUAGACAGGAUCAAUCUGAGGUGAUGGUUCAUAUGGCUGAUACUGUUGUGCAGCAUAUUUGUUGGAGUGUGGAUAAGACCAAAGGUAUAGACUUAGAAGUGACAAAGAUUCAAGAUGCUAAUGGAUGUGUAGCUCUGCUGGUUGGUGUUUGUCAAAGUCGAACAAAACUUGCCACUGCACUGUUGGACUCGCUUACUCAUCUUGUAAAAACUGCCAUCCAUGAUAUCACAUCACUGCUUGCUACAUCAUAUUUGCUAAUGAUCCUAGCAAAAGAUAGUGGAAAAAUUUCUCGGUAUAGCCUGAAGCAAGCAGUGGUUGCUGCUGACAGCAUCAUGUCUAGAAUUAUCUUACCUGCAAGCAUAGAUGAUGAGGAGGGUGGAUUCUUUGGGGAAUACACAAAGACUACAAAAGAACUUAUUCAAGACUUGAAGAGUUCAUUGGGUGUGUUGUAAGUUUGAGUGCUAAUCCUUGUAUGUACAGGUCCACAUUCCUUUAUCAAAUUUCAGAAAUUUUUGAAUUUCAGAAUGAAGGUGGGGUCUAGGGCAGCACCCCAUAAUCAAAUAUUAACACUGCAGCAAAAACGUAUGAAUACUCAAACUAAGUGGGAUAAAUAGACUACAAAUAGUACUGUGGUUUAUUUAUAGAAUAAUAUAUGUUAUGAAUGAGAAGAAACUGGAUGUCCUGGCUUUAAGUGAAACAAAGCUGAAGGGGGUGGGAGAGUUUCAAUGGAGAGGAAUAAAUGGGAUUAGGUCAGGGGUUUCAAAUAGAGUUAGAGCUAAAGAAGGAGUAGCAAUAAUGUUGAAGGAUAAGCUAUGGCAGGAAAAGAGGGACUACAAAUGUAUAAAUUCAAGGAUUAUGUGGAGUAAAAUAAAGAUUGGAUGUGAAAAGUGGGUUAUAGUAAGCGUGUAUGCACCUGGAGAAGAGAGAAGUGUAGAGGAGAGAGAGAGAUUCUGGGAAAUGUUGAGUGAAUGCGUGGGGAGUUUUGAAUCAAGUGUGAGAGUAAUGGUGGUUGGGGAUUUCAAUGCUAAA